AUGUUGGAUUGGGUGAUUAUACAAUUUUAUGGGCAUCCUAAUGUUAAUCAAAGGUCAGUUAUAUGGAAUCAAGUUUCGAGUUUUAUUGCAACCAUUGCUCAGCCAAUUGUUAUGAUUGGAGAUUUUAAUCAAGUUUUGUGUAUUUAUGAAAAACAUAGUAAGGUAGGUAGACCUAUUCAAGGGGCUAAGGUUCUCAUGAAUCUUAUAAAUGAUCAUGGAUUUGUAGACUUACCUUCGUCUGGGGUUCGUUUUACUUGGUCCAACAAUCGGAGAGGUCCGGAUGUGUCUAGUGAGAAACUUGACAGAGCAGUGGCUACAUCAGGAUGGAUGCAACAGUUUCGCCAUGUGGUUCUUCUUGCUCUUCCUAUUCAGAGAUCAGAUCAUAUGGAUAUGAACCCUGUACCUGGAAAAUAUGGUAAAUCACAUUUUGAAUAUAAAUCUCCCCCAAGUUAA